UCUGUCCAUCCGGCUCAUCGUCGCUGAUCGUCGUGUACGUAAAAAAUACGACGAUGCUGGAGCGGAUGAUCGCCGUGACGAUCUGAAACGGGAAGUGGUAGUGAUCGUUCGAUACUUGUUGGUACUCGCAACAUUCACCGAAAUCAUCGAAGAGGACGAGUCCAACGGCGAGCUGAAAAAGGAAUAAUCACGUGACCGAGGGUGUCGUACCGAAGUCAACCCCGACGGCUCAGCCAUCGUACGUGAAUGUGUGCGCUUGUGUGAUAUGCCGGUGUCCCACUUCUUGGUGCAAUACGAUACCGUUCGUCUCUUAAAACUAUUUGCCUCGCGUCACCAAGGGUUCGAUCGAGAACGCAGCCGUGAUCGUCAUCGUCCGCUACUAUGUGCAUUACGCAUUAACAACGCAUAAACACCGUGAUUGAGCAUGUACGCACUGCAGAUGCAGACUGCCUGCCAGGGCGAUGGCACUGGUGAACCCGAUGACCCCAGCAGCCUUCAUCAGGAACCAGUGCGACCUGCUACCCAAGAUUGUAGCUCUUUCGAUAUUGUCAGAGCCACACAGUAUGGAGCAUUGGAGCGAGUGACACAGUUGGUAGAAGCUGGUGCUGAUGUGAAUCAGCCAGAUUCAGAAAAUGUGACGUUAUUGCAUUGGGCUGCUAUAAAUAAUCGUAAAGAUAUUGUCAAAUAUCUCAUUGCAAAGGGAGCCGUAGUCGAUGCUAUUGGUGGUGAUUUGGCCUCCACACCAUUGCAUUGGGCCACGAGACAGGGUCAUCUCUCUGCGGUUGUGAUUCUAAUGAGGGCAGGUGCUGAUCCAACCUUAAGAGAUUGUGAAGGCUUCUCCUGUAUACAUCUGGCGGCACAAUUUGGCUAUACGGCUAUAGUAGCUUAUUUGGUAGCGAAAGGCGUGAAUCCAAAUAUGCCAGAUAGAAGUGCCAUGACGCCCCUUAUGUGGAGUGCCUAUAAAGUUAAUAGUCUUUCUUUUUAUAGUCUAGAUCCAACACGACUGUUGUUGACUCUAGGUGCAUCGCACUCACUUACCGAUAAUUUGUAUGGUAAUACCGCCUUGCAUUGGGCCAUUAUAGCAAAAAACAACACGGCGAUAUCUAUCUUAGUACAACACGGAGCCUCGUUAGAUCUGCCCAAUUUCCGAAAUGAGACGCCAAUGACGCUGCUAGGUCCGCAUAUCAGCGCCACAUGGUUAGAACAUAAAAUCAGGGAUGAGAUUAAAGAAAAACAAGGUCGUACGAGAACAUGGUGUAGAGAUAAGAAAAUUCGUUGGUAUUGUAUGGUCACUACGCCGCUUAUAGCAUUUUAUGUGAUUGGUAUGGUUCUACAAAGUGGAUGGGAUUAUUUAUUAAAACUAGGUGCCUUUAUCACUCUUUAUGUAGCGGUGUAUUUAAUGAACCAUUUCGUGUUCGACGAACGGCUGUUUCACGUUUUGCCAGUGUCGAUUUAUUUUGCAACCAAGAUGUGGAUAUACAUUACAUGGAUUUUCUGGCUAGGUAUCCAUGCAGCAUGGUAUUUAUGGUUGUUAUUCGUCGGUGGAUCUGUUCCUCUCUGGAUAUGCUUUUUGCAAUCUUGGCGGGGUGAUCCCGGAAUUAUUACGGCUACUCACGAGGAUAAAUUAAAUACCAUAAUUGAAUUGGCUGAAUCAGGUGGUUUUGAGCCGCAAUGGUUCUGCAGUAGUUGUUUAGUUCGAAGACCUAUAAGAUCUAAACAUUGUGCUACAUGUGAUCGUUGUGUAGCACGAUUCGAUCAUCACUGUCCAUGGAUUAAUAAUUGCAUUGGUGCACAUAAUCAUAAGUAUUUUCUUGGAUUUCUGACGUCUGUGCUAGGAUUAUGCAUCAUUAUUUUGUUCGCCAGUGUACAAUAUUGGCAAUUCGAGUGCUGGUCAAAUUUAACGAAUGGUCAUAGUGCAGACAACUAUCUAGUAGCUGCAGCUACUUGCGAUGCUUGGGUGAUGUGGGUAGCAGCCAACACAUCCCUUCAUUUUUUUUGGGUCGGAACUUUGUUAGCAUGUCAAUGUUAUCAGAUUAUGGUCCUGGGAAUGACAACGAAUGAACGUGUGAAUGCUGGUCGUUACAAACAUUUCAAGCAAGGGAAUCCGUUCCAUCGCGGUGCCCUACAGAAUGCCGCCGACUUUUGUAACUUUAGCUUUUGCGGAGUGAAGGCAAAACCUAGCUCGGACUGGUUGCACAGUUUUGAUCUCAAACAAAGUAUCGAAAAGUUACCUUUGCUCACGCAAAAAGAUAAUUUUCAAUACGUUUAGAGUUCUAUAAGCAGUCAUGCGACGCUAAUUGUACACACAUACAUACACCAUAUCACUAUGCCUGACGUACUCCUUGGGUUACCAAAGAGUUGCCACAAACAUGUAAGUGACUUUCCAGUGAUGGCAGUAAUUAUGCAUACACGACGAUUUCGUCGAACACAUAUUCUCUAAGUAGCUCUAUAUAACAAUCGCUAAAUAACAAUUUUUCGACUCAUUUGUCGUAAAAGACUGUUAUAUUGCGCAAAUGUGCAUAUCCCACCUAUAUUCUAUUUAAAUAUAUCAAUGAAUGAUUAAUCGAUACAAAUGCACAAAUUUCAUCAUCAUUUAAAUUCCUCCAU